UCUCAUCCAUUUAUCAUGUGGCAGAGGUCACAGAAUGAUGGCACAGCUGGCAACUUAAUUAACUUCAGUCAAAUCACAUACAGUGCUCUUGAAUGGAGGUGAAGCUGCCUUCUGAAUAAUUUUUCAGAUUCAGAAAUUAAGCAAGAAUAUCCUUAAGAUGUUUCUUCGUGCAUCUAAGAAGGCAUUCUUCAUUCCACAAGGAAGCAAUGACUUCAGUAAGCUGGUGAGAUGCAUGCAAAAUGGUCCACCAAAGCAAAAGGAAAACCAGAAAGCAGAAGAACCAAAUGUUCCCUCAGCUGCUGAUGUCGUCAUAAUAGGUGGAGGCUCUGCUGGAUGCAACCUACUUUAUCAGCUAGCAAAACGGGGAGUUGACACAGUGCUACUAGAACGCUCCAAAGUCACCUCUGGAACAACAUGGCAUUCAGCUGGUCUUGUUUGGAGCUUGCGUCCUAAUGAUGUUGAAAUUCAACUCUUGGCAGCAACUCGAAAUUUGCUUGCAAAACUGGAAAUAGAGACUGGCUUUAAUCCUGGCUGGAUAAAUAAUGGUGGACUUUACAUAGCUCACAACAAGGAAAGACUGGAGGAAUAUAGACGUUUAGCUACAGUAGGCCACAGCUUUGGCAUUGAGUCCAGUAUACUGUCUGCAGAAGAAACAAAAAAGAUUUUUCCUCUGAUAAAUGAGAAGGUAGUACAUGGAAGUCUAUACUCUCCUGGUGAUGGGACUGUUGACCCGUCUAUGCUUUGUACAGCCCUUACGCGAACUGCUGUACAAGCAGGUGCUAAGCUUAUAGAAAAUUGUCCUGUAACUAAAAUAUUGAGAGGGAAAAAUAACUUUGGAUCUAAAAAAGUUUCUGGAGUCAUCACACCAUAUGGGACAAUCAGAACUGACUGUGUGGUGAAUUGCAGUGGUGUUUGGUCACGAGAAAUUGCAUCUCUUGUUAAUCUACCAAUUCCACUGCUGCCAAUGAAACAUGCUUAUGUAGUAUCAGAGGGAAUAGAUGGUGUGAAGGGACUACCAAAUGUUCGAGAUCAUGAUGGUUCUAUAUACUUUCGCAUACAAGGAAGUUCUCUCUGUAUGGGUGGUUAUGAAUCAAACCCAGUCAUGUUGGACAAGGUAAAAGAAGAUUUUGAAUUUUCUUUAUAUGAGUUGGACUGGACAGUAUUCAGCUCUCAUGUAAGGGAAGCUGUUAACCUUGUACCUGUGUUUGAAACAGCUGGUAUUAAGAGUACCGUAUGUGGCCCAGAAAGCUUUACUCCUGAUCAUAAGCCAUUACUAGGUGAGGAUCCAAGGUUGCUGGGAUUUUAUCAUAACUGUGGCUACAACUCAGCCGGAAUGAUGUUUGGAGGUGGUUGUGGAGAACAAAUGGCUCAGUGGAUUAUUAAUGGACGACCAGAGCUGCAUAUGUUCAGCUAUGACAUAAGACGCUUUCGAUCUGACCAGACUAAAGAUCAAGAAUGGAUAAGGGAAAGAAGUCAUGAGAGCUAUGUAAUGAAUUACAGUAUUGUAUUUCCAAAUGAUCAGCCUUUAGGUGGUAGGAACUUCCGAAAAGGCCCAUUGCAUGAUGAAUUGCUUAAUGCAGGUGUUGUUUAUGAGGAGAAACAAGGAUGGGAGAGACCGGGGUACUUUUUGCAGAGUGGUGUAGCUCCUGUUCAGAAGUAUGAUUGGUUUGGCUCCUAUGGAUCAUCUAGAAAUCCAGAGACUCCUUAUGAAAGUCUGUUGCAAGGGGAUAGAACAUUUGGAUUCUCAAAGCACCAUCAUGCAAUUGGAGAGGAGUGCCUUGCAUGUAGGGAAGAUGUAGCUCUAUUUGACAUGUCAUACCUGGGUAAGCUUUAUCUGAGUGGUCCUGAUGCCCAGCUGGCUGCUGAUUGGUUAUUUUCUGCUGAUACCAGAAAGGAAGUAGGCCAGUCAGUGUUCACCUGUCUCCUUAAUCCUCACGGUGGAGUGGAGGCUGAUGUCACUGUUAGUGCCAUUGAAACAGGAACUGGAGGUCAAGCAGACCCUAUUUUGAAGGGUAGAGGGUUCUACAUUAUUAGUGGAGGAGUCUCAGCAUACCAUACAUGGGCUCACAUGAAUUCAAUUAUCAGCCUGAAGAAUUUCAAGGUAGCUCUCACUGAUCAUACAGACAAAAUGGGAGUACUUUCUGUACAAGGACCAAACAGUCGAGAACUGUUGCAGUGUAUUACCAACACUGACCUAUCAGACUCUGCAUUUCCUUACUCAACAACACAGCUGAUUCAGCUGGCAGGACAUCUUUGUCGAGCAUUCAGGAUUAGCUAUGUAGGUGAACUAGGCUGGGAAAUUCACAUACCAUGGGAAUCUUGUUUACCAAUUUAUAAAGCUAUUACAGAACAAGGAAAGAAGUAUGGUCUGCGACUGGCUGGAUUUAGGGCACUCAACUCCCUUGGCUGUGAAACUGGUUACCAUUUAUGGAAUUAUGACUUAAGGUCUGAUGACCUGCCUAUUGAAUGUGGAUUAGAUGAGACAUGCAGAGAUGAAGGAGAAUAUGUUGGUAAGGCUGCCCUUGAAGUGGAGAAGCGAAAAGGUUUAAGAAGACGAUUAACAUUUUUUCAACUGCAAGAGCAAAUUCCUGUGUGGGGACUUGAAACAGUAUGGAGAGACGGCCAAGUAGUGGGUUACCUUAGGAGAGGAGACUAUGGAUAUGCUCUAGGAGCAAGUAUUGGACAAGGCUAUGUGAGGCAUCCAGAUGGUCGCAAAAUUACUACAGAUUUUCUUCUAAAUGGUUUAUAUCAGAUUGAAAUAAUGGGGAAUCGAUACGAUGCUGUUCCAUACAUAAAAAGCCCAUUUGACCCAGAGGGGAAAAGACUUCAAGGAAUUUAUGAUGAGCCAUUACCAAUAAGGCAAUAGCAUUAAGAAUAUUUAUGUACAAAUAAACUGAGAGGAAUGAAAAGCACAGUCUCAAAAUGUAUUAUGUAAAGUAAAAUAUAUGGUUGCCUUGGUUAGUUAAAAUUAGAAGCACUUUGUGGCAAAAUGUACUGUACAGUACAAUUAUAUGUUUUUGGAACUUUCCAGUUGUCAACAUAGUAUGUGAAGUAAAAGAAAAAGAAUGUUCUUGGUGCCAGAACAGGAACUGACAUAUUUUUCAUCAAUUUUUUGGUAACUGUACAGGAAAAGUUCAGUGUCUGUCAAUGGUUUAUUGUGCAUUUCCCUUUACCACUCUUUCAGUUAAUAGCAAUAUCGGGCUUCAUAUCAUUUUAUGUUAGUAACAAAGUGGAUAUAAAUGUCAACAAUAUAGUUCAAAUCCACAUAAAUUAAAAUGAAAUGGACUACAGAUAAUAAUAUUUAUGUAAAUACAGUACCAAAAAUAUUAUAACCAAUUAUAAAUAGCAAUUAGUGAAACUUAUGAAGGAUGUGGAAAUAAUGACUCAGAAGACUGCAUUAUGGAAGGUAUUGGCAAAUGAAAAUGAGGGUGAUUACAAGCUUUUCACUACUCAGAGACUAUAUUUCCAGAGAAGAAAACCGAGCGAGGUGGCGCAGUGGUUAGCACACAGGACUCGCAUUCGGGAGGACGACGGUUCAAUCCCGUCUCCAGCCAUCCUGAUUUAGGUUUUCUGUGAUUUCCCUAAAUCGCUUCAGGCAAAUGCUGGGAUGGUUCCUUUGAAAGGGCACGGCCGAUUUCCUUCCCCAUCCUUCCCUCACCCGAGCUUGCGCUCCGUCUCUAAUGACCUCGUUGUCGACGGGACGUUAAACACUAAUCUCCUCCUUCUCCUCCAGAGAAGAAAAUCAAAACAGAUAGUCAGUGGGGCAUCUUGAUAAAUAAAUGUAAGUCAAACAAUAAUAGAUAUGAAGAAAAACACAAGCAAUGAUCAAUUAAACAGUGGACCAGCAUUUAAGCUUAUAUGUAUUACCGGUGCAGAUUUAUAUAUUUUUUUGGGGGGGGGGGGGGGGGGGGGGAAGGUCCUGUUGUAGAAGAAAGCAGGUAGUGGCAUAAAGAACAACAUAAAUUAAAGGAAAUAUACGUAAAUGGAUUUCCUUAAAUCCCAGUAUUGUGAUAGUACAGAAUCCAGCAAUCAAAUGAUCUGUCAACCAGUAAUUUUAUUGUUAUAGUAUUCCAUAAUGUCAACCUCAAACAGGAAUUAUUGUUAAUCAAAUGCUUGCUUUCAAACACUUUUAUGAGAUUCCAUAUAGCACUGCACACACUUACCAGAUAUGUGGUAUAUAUCCAUAUGUUGGCUUCCUAGAAGCCAUGUCAUAUGUCACUUUACACUAUCAGCCAUUUCCUCCACAUUGUUUAGAUCCAAGUAGGCCCUACUGUUUAGCUGAUGAUUAGUGUGUACAUUUUUACAACAAUGAAUAACUAAAUCAAGACACAUUGAUUUGGGGCAUAGUAUUCUGAUGCAACAAUCCUAAGCUAUACACAGUGGAGAUCCAUGCAUAACGUCAUUUGAUAACAUGGAGACAUAUCUGCUGAUGAUGCUCAUCUAAUUUCUCUACUAUUCCAGCUCAUAUUUUCUUAUGAUAACUACUUUCGUAUUGGUUCUGUGGCAUACUUCUUACACUGUAUUAAUGAUGCUCUUUAGUUUUAAUUCUAUUCUCAUGCAAUGCACCAUUCAUAUAUAUUUUCUUACCAUGCUUCACAUAUUCCUGUUUUGAUGCAGAAUGCCUGAAGACUUUUCUAGUUUUAAAAUUCUUCUCAAUACUGAUUUCCUGAUUCCUACACACUUCCUUAAAAUGACAUUUAAGUUAUCAGAUCACCAUAUUCCAUACUACAGUUGACAUGUAAUUCUUAACAGGGACAUCAUACUUUCAUUUCAUAGGUGCAGUACUUUAUUUAUCUUUGACAUAUUGAGCAACAUUAAUUCUGUACAUAGAAGUCUAGGGUUGAUGUAGACCUGGAAACCAGGAAAUAGAAUAACAUGUGUUUGGUGUAAGAGUUUAUUUUGGGCAGAGUAAUUCAUACCCUUUUGAAUACAAUGAUUUCAAUGUCAGUAUAAUGCUUUAAAAUUGAGAACAGCAGUAUUAAUAUUAUAUUUGUAUAAUACUAGUGCCACGUGACAUACUUCACAUUGAGAACAUUGAAAUGUUAAGUUUUCUAUUUUUAAUUUUUACUAUUUUCAAUCCUGCCAUUACUCAUUACAUAUAUCUGUGAGGCUCUCAAAACUAUCAAAAUGUAGUAAUACCAUUUGGUAAGACACCAUGUUCUAUCCUCAGAUGUAAUUUAUUUCUCUGGCAGCAAGAACUUCUUUGAUUAAAUGGGAUAUGAAAUACAGUAUUUCUGUGACUAAUAAAGUUAUGUUUUUAUAAA